AUGCUUCUGCCGCUGGUCAAAGAAAGAAAAUGGGCACCUGAGGCUCUCCUCCCGCAGGCUGCCUCCUGCUUCACUGGGCGCAUUGGAUGUUUUUCUUUCAACACUGGUGAAGUGCCAUCCAAAACCACAGCGCUGGGGCUUGUGGCUCUUUUUAUUCCCUGCAAAGUCGUCAGUCCUUGCAGCAUCCUGCACAUUCAAUCAUAUUGGGACAUGCACGCAUCCAAAAUGGUGAGUGCAGACGAGGAGCCCGCAAGGGUCUCUGGCACUGUGCAAGAAUCCCUCACUGUUCAAGAGCCUGUUGCUUUGCCUGCCAUUGUUCAGCAGACAGCAGCUCCUAAAGAAGCCUUUAACAUUUCGACAUCUGACUGCCAUGACUGCACGUUCCUGAAAGGAUGGAGACUAUACAUCACUACUCUUGGAUUGAUGGUUUGCCUCUACCUGGUCAACGUCGAAACAACUGUAGUCAGCACAUCCCUGAUCACAAUCGCCAAUGGCUUUCACAGCUUCAAUCGCACCAGUUGGAUUGUCACAGGAUAUUUGAUCACCUACACUGGGUUCAACAUCCUUUGGAGCAAGCUUAGUGAUAUUAUCGGUCGGAAAGCAAGCAUCAUUGCAACCAUGGCGGUCUUCAUGGGCUUUUCGUUAGGAUGUGGAAUGGCCAAAUCCAUGUCUCAAUUAUCUGCCAACUCUGGGAGCUCUGGCGUCCUUGUCUACCGCUCUAGGCUUUUCCACUGGCCCAUUGAUUGGAGGAGUUUUGGGCGAUCACUCGAUUUGGCGAUGGAUUUUCUACAUGAAGUCAGUGCAAUAUCCGUCCAACAACAGCUACAGAAUGAGAAGCUAAUUGCAGGCUUCAAUCGCAGUCUUCCGAUUGGGGGUGUGGCAGUCCUUUUGUUAAUGAUAGCCCUUCCAUCAAACUUCGGUGGUAGUGGUCGUCGCAAAACUGGUCGCAUUUCAUGGGGCAAUCUUCGCCGAAUUGAUGUUGUCGGUGCCCUUAUAUUACUGACGGCCACUCUUCCACUCAUCACAGCUUUGAAUGAGGUUUAUGUUCAGUUCCGCUGGUCAGAUGGUAGAACGGUUAUUCUUCUGGCCAUCUCUGGUAUCUCAUGGUAUGCAUUUCUUGCAUGGGAGCAUGCCAUGACGAGAGAAGGGCCUGGGCCGGAGCCGAUCUUUCCAUCACGCUUCUUGAAUCACGCAAAUUGGAUGGGCAUGCUUUUAACUAGCUUCCUAGUCGGCAUGCCUUCGAAUAUGGUGGUUGUGAUGCUACCUCAGCGUUUUCAAAUAGUAAAUGGAACCUCGGCUCUGAGUUCUGGUGUCCGCCUACUGGCGUACUCUGCGACGAGUGCUAUUUCUGCCGGUCUUUCUGGUAUUAUUUCAAAGAAGGCUCGCGUCCCUUUUGUAUACUCUCUCGCCUUUGGAGCCAUCCUUCAUACCGCCGGCGUUGCCCUAGUGUCGACCCUACCAGAAACAAAGGAUUUCCCCUGGGGUGGAUACGUCUAUGAAGGAAUUGCAGGAGCAGGCGUGGGCACCACAUUUGGCAUUCUUGUUCUAGCAACGCCGUUUGUGGUAGAGCCUAGGGAUAUUGCUGUGGCGACAGGAGCCGUUAUCCAAUUUCGUUUUCUCGGAGGUGCCAUCGGACUCGCAAUCGCAUCGAACGUUCUCAACGGCAUGCUUGAGAGCGACCUCACAAAUGUCCUUUCACCAACCGAAUUGCAGAAUCUUUUACACAACACAGCUUCUAUCGAGACACUAAGCGAAGUCCAACGUGAGGCUGUUGUGGGGGUGUUUGCGCAUAGCUACACUACCCAAUUUAGAACUAUGGUUGGAAUUGCAGCUGUACAGUUCGUUUCGGCAUUAUUUGUGUGGAAGCGAGGGGGGCGACAAAUAACUGCCCUUGACUGA